AUGUUCAGCUGGCUGUGCAGAGAAAUUUUAUUUCCCACCAGGCAGUGUAUACCAGUGUGGACCGGACUGAUGACUUUUCUUCCGCAGAUUGAGCAGCUCGAUGUGGUGCUGUACCCAUCGGACAAGGACUACGCGGCUUUCCGCGAGGCUGUUUACGUGUUGCUGUCGCACGACGGCACGUUCCAAAUCGGCUACCUUCUGCCGAUUGUUGUUGAAAAGCUGGCAACCACCAAACUGGUCACCGUGGAUACAACAGCACGUACUGUCCAAUUGGCACAGGAACUCACAACUCUGGAACAACGAAACACUGCAUUGAACGAGCUGGCCUCCUACUGGCGCAAAAAGGAUUACUUUUCCACCCUCCGUGGCUGGAGAGACGAGCUGUAUACCAUCUAUUCGCCGGAUAAACAGCCGUACAUUCUGCUUGAGAGAGCAGCGUGCCCGCUACUGGGAGUCGUAAUGUACGGCGUGCAUAUUAAUGGCUACGUCAAGACCGCAGGCGAGGUCAAACUCUGGAUCCCUCGUAGAUCCGCUACCAAACAAACGUUCCCCGGUAUGCUGGACAAUACGGUCGCUGGUGGGCUCGGGUACCCGCACGGGCCGUUUGAGACGUGUGUGAAGGAGUGCUACGAAGAAGCCGGGUUGCCAGAGGAGUUUGUCAGACAGAACCUGAAACCAGCAGGCCAGGUGUCGUAUUUCUACCAGGCAGAGGCUGGUAACUACUCGUCGGAGGCUGGGCUGUUGCAACCGGAAUUACAGUACGUGUACGAUUUGGAGAUGUCAGCAGAGCUGGUGCCCAAACCGGUGGAUAAUGAAGCAGAAGACUUUCAGUUGCUAGAUAUCCCGCAAGUCUGUGAACUAAUCAGAGCUGGAAAGUUCAAGCCAAACUGUGCAGGGGUGAUUGUUGAUUUUUUGAUGAGACAUGGCUACCUGACGGCAGAAAACGAACAGAACAUGGACACCAUCCACGCAAAAUUGCAUAGAAAGCUACCAUUCCCUAUCCGUUGA